AGCAAAUUUCUGAUUUAUGCCUGCCUGCUGCUUUUUUCUGUGUUGCUCUCUCUACGUCUGGAUGACAAAAUUCAAUGGAGUUACUGGGCUGUGUUUGCUCCCAUAUGGCUCUGGAAGUUAAUGGUGAUUGUUGGUGCUUCAGUGGGAACAGGAGUAUGGGCCCGAAACCCACAGUAUCGAGCAGAAGGAGAAACCUGUGUGGAGUUCAAGGCUAUGUUAAUUGCUGUAGGCAUCCACUUGCUGCUGCUGAUGUUUGAAGUUCUGGUGUGUGACAGGAUCGAGAGAGGAACCCAUUUCUGGCUGCUGGUCUUCAUGCCAUUGUUCUUUGUAUCUCCAGUGUCAGUCGCAGCUUGUGUGUGGGGGUUCCGACAUGACAGGUCUCUGGAGCUGGAAAUCUUGUGUUCAGUCAAUAUUCUACAAUUCAUAUUUAUUGCACUCAGACUCGACGAGAUCAUCAGGUGGCCAUGGCUUGUUGUUUGUGUUCCACUGUGGAUCUUGAUGUCCUUUCUGUGUCUAGUGGUGCUCUAUUACAUUGUAUGGUCUGUUCUGUUCUUGCGCUCUAUGGAUGUGAUUGCUGAGCAGAGGAGGACACACAUAACAAUGGCUGUCAGCUGGAUGACCAUUGUAGUUCCACUGCUGACAUUUGAGAUCUUACUAGUACACAGAUUGGAUGGGCAUAAUUCUUUUUCAUUUAUACCCAUAUUUGUUCCUCUCUGGCUUUCACUGAUAACUUUAAUGGCAACAACAUUUGGACAAAAAGGAGGAAAUCACUGGUGGUUUGGAAUUCGUAAAGACUUUUGCCAGUUCCUGCUUGAAAUUUUCCCAUUUUUACGAGAAUAUGGAAAUAUUUCUUACGAUCUUCAUCAUGAAGACAAUGAGGAAGCAGAAGAAACACCACUGCCUGAACCACCAAAAAUUGCACCAAUGUUUCGAAAAAAGACUGGAGUGGUCAUUACACAGAGUCCUGGAAAAUAUGUGAUUCCACCUCCCAAGUUGAACAUUGAUAUGCCAGAUUAAGAUGACAGCAACGUAUUAAACUGGAACUGGGAAUCAGCA